UCACUCGCAUUCAGGCGGUUGUUUUUCGUGUGACGAUCAGAGCGACUGUUUUACGUAACGCAUGAAGACCACUGCCUGUGCGCAGACAGUUUGACGCCAUAUGUGAGCGCCAUGCCUCGAUAGUGUCCGUUUUGUUGUUUGCUCGUCGACCGCGCUAGAGACGGGGAAAAGUUGUAGAGAUGUCUCUUGUUGCAUACGCUGACAGCGAUAACUCGGAAGACGAUAGCAGUGAGGACGAAGGCUCCGACAAUGUGCACGAUUCUGCCAGAGAAGCGGACAAGGAACUUAAUGAAAAGAUUGUCGAGGAUGUGCGCGAUACCGCGACUGAAGGAGAUGAAGAAAAGUUGUUUUCGAGGUUACCUCCUCCUAAACACAGUGCAUCAACGCUGCACGAUCCGUCGUUGCAAGACGUAGUCGUGAAACAAGCGAAAAAGUCCUCAAAGUCUAAGCGAGCACAGAUUAUUAUACCCUCCUUAAACGAGUUUGACGAUGAAGAAGAGGAGGAAGAGGAAAACAAGAAAAAAAAGUUCCGACCUGCUCAGACUGGUUCUGGUCUUAUAGGCAUGUUGCCAGCACCAAAGCACGGCUCUCUAACAACAAAGCAGCUGACGCCACAGGUGGUGGCACGGCCGCCACCUCCUCGAAAACCAGUUUCAAAACAGCCGGUGCCAAAGGCUCGGGCAGCAUCCGCACCACAGCCGGCUACGUCAUACCCAUGGGAGCAAGACGAUAACGAUGACCCAGAUUCCACAGAAGAUUCACCGAACUUUUUCACGUUCAGUGAGCCACCGUUGCCUAAAGUGAACAUUGACGCUGAGCUUCACGAUGCAGUCAGCGUAUCGUCUGCUGCACCUGCUGCAUCACUCGCGAGUUCUUCGUAUGACGAGCCUGAGUCAGAGCCACAGCCGAGUGUCAAUGUUGAGCCUGGCCCUGACGUGCAACAACCUGCGGUGUCGCAAGGAAAGAUAGUCUAUGCGGAACCCGAAGAACCAGGGACGUCUGUGUAUGAUGUUGAGCUUGACGAUGGAGCUUUGGUGAGACUUCGUGGCAAGCGCCAAGAGGAGAUCAACAUCAUCGACGUGUGCGCGGACAACCAGAUCGACAAGACUCAGAUACUCAUUCGGGGUCUCACUGAACAGCCUACGUACUCGAGCCCGAGCAACACGAGCGACUUCAACACAAGCCAGCAGCAUCGUCGCAAGCACCAGAUCACCUACUUGGCACAGCAAGCCAAGGCACGAGAACAGGAGUUGAAAAACACCUGGGCACAAAACCGUAUGACUAAGCGCCAGACUCAAGCAAAGUAUGGUUUUUAAUGUCGUGCACCUGGUGCUUCAAUAAAAGCUGCGUUGCAUUUUUUUUUUCAUCCUU